AUGUCUCAACAGGCGACCCCAGGCCGUACAAAAUCAUCUCGGCAUUUUGUUGCUGGACUGGGUUCCGGUAUUGCAUCGGCGGUGCUACUGCAACCGCUUGACCUACUCAAGACCCGUGUUCAACAAUCUGGCCACCGGUCACUGAGGUCGUAUCUCAGGGAGGUUGCCGCUGCCCCAAAUAAGAUCCAGACGCUCUGGCGCGGCACAAUCCCAUCAGCCCUUAGAACCGGCUUCGGUUCGGCCCUCUACUUCACAUCUCUCAACUCCAUCCGCCAGCAUGUGGCCCAGUCGCGCUUACUGGGCCAAGCCGCCGGCAACAGAGCAGCACACUCGUCCUCACUACCGACGCUAACCCCAUCGGCGAACCUGGUCGCCGGCGCCGUCGCCAGAACGUUUGCCGGCUUUGUACUCAUGCCCUUGACCGUCAUCAAGGUUCGCUAUGAAUCCAAUUUGUAUUCCUACAAAUCCUUGCUCGGCGCUUCUUCCGACAUUUACAGAACGCAUGGUCCACGAGGCUUCUUUGCUGGCUUCGGUGCCACCGCCGUCCGUGAUGCACCGUAUGCAGGCAUGUAUGUAUUAUUCUACGAGCUGCUCAAGAAGCAGCUCAGCAGUCUGUCUACUCCAAAGGACGGACACAACUCAAAUCGCCCCUUCGCCAUUACAACAUCGCAUGCAACGCUCGUCAAUUUCAGCUCUGCCGUCAUGGCUGGUGGAGCGUGCUCCAUUGUCUCGAAUCCUUUCGAUGCUAUCAAAACCAGGAUUCAACUGCAGCCGGCCGUGUACAGGAACAUGUACCAGGCUUGCCGCAAGAUGAUUUCGGAAGAGGGCACACGGUCACUUAUGGAUGGGGUUGCACUCCGCAUGAGCAGAAAAGCAAUGAGUUCAGCUUUGGCCUGGACUGUGUACGAAGAGCUGAUGAGGAGAGCUGAGCGUACUUGGUCCUCAAACUUGACAACAACAACAACAACGACGGCGGAGCCAUAG